AUGGUUGAAAUCACUGAAAUUCCCGACGAAUCUAACGGCGGCGACCCAAACAAGAAGCCGGAAAAUCUCGAGAAGAAACCGCAAGAUGAAGAAGCUCAUCACCCCGAAGAACCAGAAGAAGACGACAAAGAAGCGAAUCAAAACGAGAAACCAAAAGUAGAAGAAGACGAACAAGUAAAGAAUCAGAACGAGAAACCGCAAGAACAUAAUCUUGGGAUUUCUUUAACUGACCUUCCAGACGAUAUCAUCGAAAGCAUCCUCGCAAAAACCCGGAGAAGCAAUUACCCGACGCUACAAGUCGUCUCAAGGAUCUUGGACGUUUUCAUCUCUUCUCCGAGACUCUACGAAACGCGCUUAACACGUGGCCUCGACGAAUCGGUUCUCUACGCCUUAAUCGGAUUCCCUCCUCACGAUCCCCCGAGCUGGUACAUCCUCCAUCGUGUGAACAAGAUCUCGCGAUUGUGCAGAAUCGGUUGUUCGCUUCCUCCGAUACCUUUUGGAUCCGCCGUCGUCACAAUCGGACCGGAGAUUUACGUAAUCGGCGGAUCUUAUGGGCAGUACAUACACACUUCGGGCGUGAUUGUCAUCGAUUGCAGGUCCCACAAGCAUCGCUGGCUCCAGAAUAUGCGACGGGUUCGCUACUGCGCAGCCGCGGGAGUAAUCGACGGGAAGAUAUACGUGAUCGGAGGCUGCGAGAAGCGAUAUCAGGAUUGGGAUUGGAUCGAAGUGUUUGAUUUAGAGACUCAGGUUUGGGAUACUGUGCGUGGUCCGUACCCUUACGCUAGCUGGAAUUGGAAAAAAGGUUAUGUGCCAGGGUCGUCCGAGUUUGUGACGCAUGUGGUGAUGAACGAAAAGAUUUACGUUAAGGAUCCUGCAGGUUGUUUUGUUUACGAACCCAGGGAACGUAAAUGGUUUUGGGAAAACCAAGCAGGGAGUUUAUGGCUCAGGCCUUGCUGUGUGGUGGAUGAUUUGUUGUAUUCCAUUGAUUGUCUGCGUACGCUUGGACAUUUACUGGUCGUGUAUGAUCCAAAAGAGAAGAUUUGGGGACCUGUGAGUGGAUUAGACGAUGGCUUGCCUAAUCUGUUUUAUAAUGUGUCUAGUGUGGCGAAUCGCGGUGGAAAGUUGGUGAUUUUGGGUGCUAGUCAGUAUAUUGAUAGUUGGAGUUGGCCACGGGCAGAAAUUUGGUGCGUAGAGAUUUCUUUGAAAAGGCGUGAAUAUGGCGAGGUUUGGGGGAAGGUCGAAUCAUUGAAGCGUGUGCUUACACCCAACUUGUUCCCUGCCAUUGAGCUUUGUCGAUUUGUUACCAUAUGA